CAGAAUCCCUGUUUUUUUUUUUUUCUUUAUUUUUAUUUUACCUUUCUCUCUUCCAUUACUUUUUUUUUUUAUUAUUCAUGUCAGAAACACAACAAAUUAAUCUCUCAGAUCUCGAUCUUCCUUCAUUACAAAAUGUCAAGAAUCAAUUAGAAGAAGAAUUAAAUCAUCUGACACAAUCCUACACCAAAUUGAAAGGUGUCCAAGGCCGUUUCACCGAUUGUGCUGAUAGUGUUAACAGUUUAAAAGCAGAAAAACCUGAAGACAAACAGAUCUUAGUACCUCUCACUUCAUCUCUUUAUGUACCAGGGAAACUCAGUAACGUGGAUAAGGUGAUUGUGGAUAUUGGAACUGGUUAUUAUGUUGAAAAGUCUGUUACGGAUGCAUCCAAAUUUUAUGCUGACAAGGUAGAUUAUGUCAAAAAGAAUUUAUCUAAACUUGAAGAAAAUAUUACAGGAAAACAGAAUAGUUUACGAGCCAUUGUUAGUGUUAUGCAAGACAAACUACAAGAACAACAAGGCAAAAAUUAGAAAUAGUCAACUAAAAUAAUCUUGUCAAUAAAAACUUCAAACGUUACACCAGUCUC